AGACGCUCGCGCAACCAGUGAAAUCAUCAGCACCUCCGCGCCUUCUCCGCAACUCACCCUCCUCCACUCUCAACCUUGGGAUGACCGUGGGCAUUUCACCCCCGUACCUUCUUGCACAUCUCACUCAUGCAUGACUGGCUCCUGAAUCAUCAUAGUCCUCAUCAUGGAGGAGCAGGCUAGCGACGCGACAGCGGAGGACCUCUACACCAAGGCUAAAGCUUCAAGGUUCCACUUCAAAUCCGGCUCCAAACGUCGCUCAAAGCGGCACGUACGCGAAGGCAAAGACGAAAGCACCGACGACCAUACUUCAAGGAGACACAGGUCGGAUCGCAACAGUCAAGAGCGCCGCAGCCACCGCGAUUCAAGACGCAAACACAAGCACAAGCAUCGUACCUCUCACGAGGACCGUCACCCCACGUCUACACGAGAUGGCGCAUACUACGACCCUGACUAUCGUCAUCGCGAAUCAUUGUUCGAUAAUCUAGAUGAGUCAGGCGCAUGCUCUCCCGGUCCUGGCCCAGCUCCCGACGAGGCCUUCCGCGAGUCGCUGUUCGACGCGCUAGCCGAUGACGAAGGCGCAGCAUAUUGGGAGGGCGUCUAUGGCCAGCCUGUACACAUAUACCCUGAUACGAAGCCUGGCCCCGAUGGCAAGCUGGAACGCAUGACAGAGGAGGAGUAUGCAGACUACGUGCGGACGAAGAUGUGGGAGAAGAGUCAUCAGCACAUCGUUGAAGAGCGCGAGGCGAAGGAGCGCGCGCGUCAGCAGCGGAAGGCACAACGCUGUCAGCUUGACAAUGAGGUCGAGCAGGAAGAGGCCGAAAGAGGUAGUAUUCGGCGCCGUAUGGAAGAGAGCCUACGUCGAGGCGAAGAGCGCAAGAAGGCCAAGGAGGCGGAGGCUGCAUGGGAGAAUUACACGACCAAAUGGGGCGGUUUGAAGAACGUUCAACGUUUGGAUGGAGAGACAGAUACGAAAGUGCGUGAGCUCAUGCCGUGGCCUGUAAUUUCUGGCAAGGCAAAGCAUGUGUCAAAGGAAGAGAUUGAACGCUUCUUGAGGAGCGCAAAGACGUGGAAAGAGGAUUCGGUGGCACUACUGAAGGCGGAACGAGUGCGUUGGCAUCCUGACAAGAUGCAGCAGCGGUUUGGACAGCACAUUGAUGGCGAUACGAUGAGGCAAGUCACGGCGGUUUUCCAAGUCAUCGAUCGGCUAUGGAACGAGCGACGCUGAUUGGAAUGUGCCUUUACCACGCAUACGUUCGCAUUGCCACGUUAAUAUUUUCUUUACUUCGAGAUACCCACAACAACGCAGCUGCAUCCGUUUACCGGCAUACCCACCAGCGGCUAUC